AGAGGUGAAAGACCAGAAGGAGAAUGGAGAUUUCAGUGGUGUGGCCAGCAAGCCGCCACUUCCUUCAGCAACUGAAAGACCUAGUGAGCCAACUGUGGGUUUAGAGUCCAAUUUCAACAAGGUCUGGAGCUGUCUUCAAAAGGAACAAGUGGCAUUAUUGGCAUAUAUGGCUUAGGAGGGGUUGGCAAGACAAGCCUCCUAAACCAAAUCAAUAACAAAUUCCAUGAUACUACCCAUGAUUACCAUGUCAUUUGGGCAGUUGCAUCACAAGAUCGGCCAAUUGAGAGAGUCCAGGAUCAAAUUGCCGAAAGAAUAGGCCUUUCUAAUGAAGGUUGGAAAUCUAAGAGCCUUGAUUAGGAAGCUGAAGGCAUCUUCCAGGUAUUAUGUAAAAAGAAGUUUGCAUUGUUGUUGGAUGAUAUAUGGGAAUGGUUUGAUCUCACAAGAGCUGGGGUACCUCUUCCACCAAAAGAAAAUGGCUCUAAAGUCAUUUUCACAACUCGUCGUUUUGACGUGUGCUGUCAAAUGCAACCGAACAUGGAUAAUAAUAUCAGAGUGGAAUGUUUACCACCAGGAGAAGCUUUCAAUUUGUUCGAGGAGAAGGUUGGAUCAGAAACCUUUCGAAUGCAUCCAGAUAUUUGCAAGUUAGCUGAAGCGGUGGUUGAAGAGUGUGCAGGGCUACCUCUCGCUCUCAUUACAAUUGGGCGAGCCCAUGGCAUCCAAGAAGACCCCUCUAGAAUGGGAAUAUGCUACAGAAGUUUUAAGGCAAUCAGCAGCUUCUGUGUUGCCAGGGAAGAUUAUUCCAUCGUGAAAGAUGAACUAGUAGAUUGUUGGAUCGGGGGAGGACUUUUGGACGAGCAUACCAAUUUGAACAAUGCCAGAAACCAGGGACAUUUUAUUAUAGGUUCUCUUAUUGACGCAUGCUUAUUGGGGAAAGGACCAAUUAAUGUUGAUGUAAAGAUGCACGAUCUGAUUCGUGACAUGGCUUUGUGGAUUGCUGGUGAAUCUGAGAAUGAGAAGUUUUUUGCAAAAUCAGGUGUUCAGUUAAAGGAACAACCAAAAGCUAAAAAGUGGGAAGAGGUAACAAGAAUGUCGCUGAUGGAGAAUCAAAUUGAAAAUCUAACUGAGAUAUUGGAAUGUCCCAAUCUCCAAACUUUGUUUCUUGGCAGGAAUGAUUUGAAGGUAAUCAUGGGUGAUUUCUUUAAUUUCAUGCCGAUGCUAAGGGUUCUGGAUUUGUCCCUUAAUAAGAAGUUGGAAGAAUUGCCAGUAGGAAUUGCAAAGUUGGUUUCACUAGAACAUCUCAAUUUGUCAUGGACAGGAAUAAAAAAGUUGCCAGUCGAAUUGAAGACCCUAGCAAAGCUGAAGUAUUUGAAUCUGGAGUGGACAGCGGAUCUAAAAAUGAUCCCACAACAAUUGAUAUCCAGUUUCUCCAAGUUGCAAGUACUGAAAAUGGAGGGAUGUGGCUAUGGAUGUUUAUUGGUUUUAGAGGAAAUAGAGCAUUUAAAAUAUUUGAAUGUGUUGACUCUUACUUUUAGAUGCGUUUCGGAGUUGGAAAAAGCUUCGAGGUUCAACAAGUUCUUUAGCUGUGCCAUUGAAGCUGUAAACCUUGAAGAUUUCAGAGAUUCAAGAUCAUUGAAUAUUAUGGCUUUAGCAAAACUGCAGCAUCUAUGUGUUUUAAGCCUCUCGAGUUGUAUGGACCUAGAGGAAGUGAAGAUCGAACGUAACAUAAUUGAAGGUGCAGGAUGCUUCCAUAGUCUUCGAUCUGUAACCCUAUCUGGAUGCAAUCAUUUGAGGGCUGUGAGUUAGAAGAAAUCAUCAGUGAAGAAAAACUUGGUGAAGGCGCUGAGCUAAAAGGAAAUUUAAACUUAUUUUCAGCUCAAGGCUUUGUUUCUACGAAAUCUGCCCAAACUAAAGACUAUAUAUUGCCAUGCUCUGCCUUUCCCACAGCUGAAGGAAGUAUACAUUAUAGGAUGCCCAAUGUUAAAGAAGCUCCCACUAAACUCCAAUAAUGCAAAAGGACAGAGGCUCAUCAUUGAAGGAGAGGAGGGAUGGUGGAAAG